AUAAAUUACUAAAGAAAUAUCUUUAGCAACAAUUGUUGCAAUUGAACAAAAUUAAAAACCAAAAGCCGCAACGGCUUAAGCGAGGCGCAGGCGCCGCCUUUCACCCGAGUUGGCAGCACUGCUCGCCCACUACUACGCAAAAUAGGCAGCACUGUACACAGCUUAAGCCAAUUCUAAGCGCGCUGCUCCUCCUCCAGCCUCUGCUGCAUCUUCUUCCCACAUCUAAACCAAAGAACAGCCUUCAAAGUGGAUUUAACCAACUACAACAAAAUGCUGCAGUCCAGCAAUCAUCAUUAUCUAAGGCCGGAUUAUAUGACAGCUGCCGCAGCUCCAACAGCGCUGGACAACAAGAGCAGCCCGUUGGCGCUAUUGGCACAAACAUGCAGCGCCAUCGGUGCGGAUACCACAAACCCCAAGCUGUUGGCGGCCAAUAUUGAAAAGUCCACAAAACAGCAGCCGAAGGUCAUGGGCAAUGGCAACGGACUGGACAGUACACGCGAUAAAUCCUCACCGGUUAGCAGUCAUUCAUCCAGCGUUAGCACCGGCUCCGUCGAGCAGCAGCAGCUGCCGCCGGCACACAGCAAAACCCUCAGCACCUUUAAGCCCUACGAGACCAACAACAACAACAACAACAACAGCAGCAGCAGCAGCAACCACAACAACAAUAGCGAUUGCGGCGCCACAAAUCUCACCAGCAACAGCAACAGCAGCAGCAACCAACGCGUAAAGACACCCAAGGCAAUGGCCAUGGGCAUGGGCAGUGGAGCCUCGGCAAACGGACAGCCACGCUGCGACUCGAAUCAAAGUGCCAGCAGCAGUUCGCAGCGCGAAUCUCCCAAUGCCAGCGUCUCGAACCAGCUGCGACGCACGCCCAAUGCCACAGGCACCCAGCUCAACGGCAGUCCGGUGCACUCUUCCGCGCCGGCACGCAGCAGCUCCAAAGAGUCAGCGGCGAUGCAUAGCCCCAGCACAGCCUCGAAUCCCAGCUCCACUCGACUGCAAGAGGCGGCCUAUGCAGCUGCCAAGGAGGCCAGCUAUGUGAAGGCUCUGCAUGCGGCCAGCCAACAGGCCAGCCCCUCAGCGGGCUCUUACUAUCCGACAGGCUAUGGUUCACCCUAUCCCAUGGAUUUGAUGACUGCAAGCUCGCUGAUGUCGCCGCAUCAUGCGAUGUUCAAGGCCUCGGCUAUGAAUCCCUAUUUGAACUAUGCGCGCCUCAAAGGUCUGACGGAUCCCUCGGCUAUGAUGGCAGGCGCGCCCAACAUCUGUCGCGAUCCCUACUGCACGGGCUGCCCGGCCAGUCCGCACUAUAUCAACAAGGCAGCUGGGCAGCCCUGCCCGGCGGGCUGUCCGCAGUGCGAGAUGGGCGGAGGCGGUAAGUCGGGAGGCAGCUCUGCUGGCGCCGGAGGGUCCAGUGCAGCAGCAGCAGCGGCAGCUGCCGCCUCCUCUUACCACGCCCAGCUGGCGGCAUUGGCGGCCGCCUCUCAGCUGCCGUAUGUGUGCUCCUGGAUUGGCAGCGACGCGGCGUAUUGUGGCAAGCGUUUCGGCACCUCCGACGAUCUGUUCCAGCAUUUGCGCACGCACACAGCCUCCGUGCCGGAUGCAGUGCUCAGUGCCGCGGCAGCGGGUGGCAUACCACCGAACCAUCCGCUCUUUCAGCGCACCUAUCCCACCCCGCCGCUCAGCCCACUUUCGGCGGCGGCGCGCUACCAUCCGUACGGCAAGCCGUCCAUGCUGCCGCCCUCGCUAGCUCCGCCCGGAGUUAUGCCCGGACUGCCUCCACAUGCCGCGCUGGCUCAGUACUUAGCGCCUUACUCGUUAUAUGGACCGCGCAUGGGCUCCUCGCACCCGUAGUAGAAGCCGCACCCGUAGACGGAGCAGUUGGUCAACAUUCAGUCAAAUCAUUUUGCUUGAGUUGGCCCCCAAACUGUGGGGCAGCGGGCAGGGACUGGGUCAGGGGCGGGUCAACUCAUUCGUGAAACGAAAGCUAGUGAUCUAAUGUACUAUAGCUACAUACAAAUGUUUAAAUUUAGCUUUAGGCGAAAAGUUCUAUUCAAGGAUAUGCCGCACAUCCACUCGUUCGUCGUGUGUCUCUCUGUAUGUCCCAUUUAAAGCUUAUGGUAAUUGUAAUAUUAUU